AUGGAGGAAGCUCUGGAGGUGGCAGCAGCUCUGGGGGGAAAGGCUCAAUCUCAGGAGGAGGAGGAGGAGGAAGCUCAGGCUAUGGAGGCUCCAUUUGUGGUGGUGGUGGAGGAGGAGGCAAAGGCUAUGGAGGAAGCUCUGGAGGUGGCAGCAGCUCUGGUGGGAAAGGCUCAAUCUCAGGAGGAGGAGGAGGAGGUGGAGGAAGCUCAGGGUAUGGAGGCUCCAGCUAGCAUGAGCCAGCAGCUGGCAGCUGGGAGGUCCUGCCAGGGCAGGAGGUGCUUCUCCUCCUCCUCCGCCGCCAGCGGGCUGAGCCGCCGCCGGGGCAGCGCCUUCCCCGCCGCCGCUCCCCUGGCCAGAGGCUGUGGAGCCUGGAGCCGCAGCUGCCAAAGCCUCCGUGGCACAGAUGGCUGGGGGAGGGAUCCUCCUGGCCUCUGGGGAGGCUGGGGGUGCAGGGGCACCCCUGGCAGCAGGGGUGGGGGGAGGCAGGGCUCGGGCAGGAGCGGGAGCGGAGGGCUCGGCGCGGCGCAGGCGAAGGAGAACCUCCUGAAGCCUCCGGGGGGGAAGGCUGAGCCCCAGCCCCAGCAGCUCCAGCAGCAGGAGGGAGAGCAGAUGGAGAGCCUCAACAAGCAGUUUGCCUCCCUGAUUGACAAGGUUCAGCAUCUGGAGCAGCAGAACAGGAGGCUGGUGACCAAAUGGGCCCUGCUCCAAAAGCAGCUCCUGCCCUGCCAGAGGCACAGCAAGGAAGCCUUUGGCAGCUUCAUCUGCAGCCUGCAGGGGCAGCUGGAGCUGCUGCUGCACGAGAAGGGGCAGAUGGAGCCCGAGCUGAGCCAGGGGCAGAAGGCUGCUGAAGAGUUCAGGUGCAAGUACCAGCAGGAAGAGAGCCGACGUGCAGCAGCUGAGAAGGAGUUUGAGCUGCUGGGCAAGGAUGCAGACUCUCUCUAUCUGGCCAAGCUUGAGCUGGAGGCAAAGGUGAAGAGCCUGAAGGAGGAGAUGGAGUUCCUGAAAGGUCUCUCUGCUCAGGGGAUGACUGAGCUGGAGAGAAGUCCCUCUGACACCUCUGUGGUGGUGAGGAUGGACAACAGCAGAGCCCUGGACGUGGAGAGCAUCCUCAGGAGCAUCCAGGGCUGCUGUGAGGAUGUGGCUCAGAAGACCAAAGCAGAGCUGGAGGCACUGUACAGACCCAGGUUCCAGGAGCUUGAGGAGGCCAAGGGGAGAGGCUGUGAUGAGCUGAAGUCCCACCAGAAGGAGAUGGAGGAGCUGAGAUCUGUGGUGCACAGCAGACAGCACGACCUGGAGGAUGUCAAGCAGGAGGUGGCCUCCCUGCAGACCUCCCUCUGGCAGCUGGAGCAGCGUGGAGCCUGUGCCCUGCAGGAUGCCCAGGAGAAGCAGCUGGGGCUGCAGGGUGCCCUGCAGAAGGCCAGGGAGGAGCUGGCUGCCAUGCUGGGGGACUGCCAGCAGCUGCUCGGCCGCAGGCUGGCUCUGGGCAUCGAGAUUGCAGCAUACAAGACCCUGCUGGAGGGAGAGGAGAGGAGGGUCUGCCUCAGGAGCCUGCUGAGUGCCUGUGAGUAA